AUGGGUUAAGGAAUAGGUUGUAGCUUUGGUGUUGACUAAGCAUUAGAAGUAAAAGAAAUGCUAUUGAAAUUAGAUGAAAUCAAGCAUUACGAGAAAAUGAAAACCUACAAAGGAAUAAAAAGUAUUUACAAAAAUUUACCUGAUUUGAUGUAUAGACUUUAUCCAAAAAACUUUGAAGACUUCAGCCGUAUUAUGGCUUCUUGCAAAUAGUUAUAAACUCCAAAAAAUUUCUUCUUUUCUUAGUUAGUAUACGCUAUUUGUCUUAUUUAAUUAGAGGAUUAUAGCAAAGGGGAAGAUAUUUUAAAUGGGCUUAUCCUCAGAUAUCCUACUUUCUCUCAUCCUUACUUCUAUCUUGGAAAUAUCUAGUUGAUCAAAGACUCUAGAAAAAAUGCUUCUGAGUUCUACUAGCAAUGCAUAAAAGUAGAUCCAUCAAACAACGAAGCCAUGCUAUUAUUAGAGUAGUGCAAAAUUAAAUUUUUUGAUCCUCUAUACGAUGACAUAUUAGAAAAACCACCAAACUUGUAGCAAGAGGUAAAGCAACUUGAGUUAAUAGCCCAUAAAAUUAACAAGGAGGAUAAAAAAUGCUUUUAAGCAUUUCAUAUAAUUUCAUCAAACUAUCAAUCCUAGUCUUCAAUUGUUGAGUGCAAUAAAUAUCUCAAAAUGCUUCCCAAUUGCUAUGGUGCUAACAUCAAAAAAGGCUAAAUAUUUAUGACAAGAUACGAUUUUGAUAACGCCCGUUCAUGCUUUGAAAAAGCUAUGGAAUUAAAACCUCAUUCUUGGGUUCCUCUUUCUUCUUUUGCUAUAAUAUACUACAUUCAAAAUGAGUUAGAAAAAUCUCUACAUUACUGCAAUAGAAUUAUUGAAUCUUAGGCUACACUAAAUGAGAGCAACAAGAGAGCUCUAUAAAUUGCGAUCAAAAUCAAGAUUCUAUGCUUAUAAGCUCUUGGUAGAGUAGAUGAGUCAUUAAAUGUUUGCAAUACAAAUCUUCAAAAAAGUAAUUAUGAAAAAGACUUCUUGCUUUUAAAAAACCAAAUUUUAGUUAUAAUGGAAAAAUAUAAAAUGUCUCAAAUAGUUCAACAACAAAUAGAAAUAUAAAUGAAAAAGCAAGCCCACCUGAGAACAGUCUAACUUAUGUUGUAUGCUUAUGAAAAAAGUAUUAAAGACCAUAUGACAAUGAACCCUAAGGAAUUAACUUUUGAUUUGCAUGUAAUUGACUGA